AUGGGCCGGGCUGAUGGCAACCAAGCUCCUCAGAAACGCAAGGAUAUGCUCCUCCCAAAUCUUGUUUCCAUCUCUGAUCCACGCACACCUCUAACCCAAACAUUUGUGCGUCGCAGCACUCGCCUCUCAUCCGACAAGGAGGGUUUCCGCCCGGUCAGAAUCGAUAAAGAGCCCUCUAAGCGGAGCAAGAAUUGGGUGGUAGAAGUCGAUGAAGUCACAGGGGAGAUAAAACCCAUCUCGACUUCUAUUCUCAGAGGAUGGGGUAUACAAUGUGGUGUUGACCCUAGCGGUCUCACUGACGAUGCGCUAUUACAGGCGCCUCCUCCAUUUGUUCCCGAUGAAGAUGACGAAGAAUAG